AUCACACAUGACUAAUACCCGGUGAACAGACGGUCGUAGCAUUGACGGUAAAUAUUAAUAUUAACAGUCUAUGGGUCGUAGUUACAAAUUGUGUUGAAGAGGAACAACUGCACAGUGCUGCGUUUCCAACCGGACGACUUUAGCAGGAGAACCAGGUCAGAGCAAACCCAGCAAACACACACCAUCUAUGAAACACACUACACAGCACGUAAGCGCUCAGUCAGAGAGCUGUUUUCUUCACAGGUCUCUUAGCCGGUUAAAAUAAAUUGUAUGCGUGUGUUCAGCAUGUGUAUCCGGACGUGUUGCUCUGUGUAGUGAAAUAUCUUCCGUAGAAAAGGUUUUUGUUUAGUUCACAAACAGGGACUGUCUUGUUUGCUAACCUUAGCUCACGUUAGUUCCUCAUGUAGCAUUAAACGGUCCCAUAAUUGCCCUGUGUCCUUUUCCCACUGGUUUGAAGGACGUGUCAGUUUAUACAGCAUGUUUUGCUGUUGCACGUCAGCUGAUUUAAAGUGUCGGUACAUUUCAUCUAUGGGUAGUAGUCAUGAGCUCUGUCUGUGACUAAUUUACAUGCGGCCCAGGUGAUACAACACAAAAAGGUGAAUAAUUCUACUUUUAGGUUAAGUCAUGAAGGAGGUUUUUAGGAAGAUACACAGCAUCUUUUUAAAGAUCGCCCUGUUUCCGAGCACAUUUGGCAGGACAGGCCCGCGGCCAGCUGCCUCAGAGGUGUUGACCUGCCACCUGCUGCAGCGUAAGCUCCCGCCGUGGACUUCAUACUGUGUCCGCUACAGCUCCGUUCACAAUGACCAGUUCGGACUGUCCAACUUUAAUUGGAGAGUCCAGGGAUCCAACUACCAAAUACUGAGAACAGGCUGCUUCCCCUUUAUAAAAUAUCACUGUACCAAAACGCCUCCACAAAACCUGGACUUUGAGGACACAUUUUUCACCAUGUUGAAAGUUCUUAAUCUGGGCAUCCCUUGUUUGGCCUAUGGCAUUGGUUGCUGGAUGGUGGUAGGAGCUGCAGAAACAGUGCAGACAAGUGUUGGACCAGUCACAGUCUAUUUCGCUUACAAAGAAGAAGAAGGCGCACAGUAUUAAACCAUGAACAAAACACUAUUUUGAAUGUGUUUGCAAGAGGCUCUUGUCUGCCAACUGCUGUAGCCUAUUUUUAACAGCUCCCCAGGUGAUGUUGUAGUGGACCUAUUGACAAAAGUGCAAUAUUGUGUAAUUCCUGCUCCUGUUGUCUGACUGCACAGGUUCAUUUGUGUUUAAUUAUUUAAGAUUUAAAAGUUGCAGUGAAGGAGUCAGUGAUGCAUGUUAUUACACUGACACACAAUAUGGACAGUGUUUGUUGAGAAAGCUAACCUUCCAUUAAAGUAUAAUGAAAAGUUUAGGAUUUCUCGGAGAAUAGACCCUACGCCUUUUCCUGGAUGUUUUCACAGUGAUGUUUGUGAAUGUUGUAGGUCUACCAACCUCCAGUUCAUGUCUUCAGAGUCAAUACAUUGUAAAAAUAUAUUAUUGCAACAAAUAUUAAAGUGUGUAAUGGUU